AUGAACCUCUCAGCUGAUAUUUGGGUAUUUUUUAGCUCUCCUUUCGUGUGCUUUGUUAUAGGUACGUCGGCACAGCACGUGUUGUUCUCAAUGCAACAUCCGUGGUUAGCCAAUCCGUUAACCUUUUCAUUUGUGCACGCAAAAUGCACAUUGGAGGGGCGAAGGGCAUUGUGGCAGGAUCUACUGGACGAUAAACCUGGCUCUCAUGGAAGGUGUGUAUGUGGGGACUUUAAUGUCAUAGCGGACCCUAAUGAGAAGCAAGGAGGCCGUCCGUUUUCGAGUUCUGAGGGUGUGGAGCUAUUGGCUUUUAUGGAGGGGGCGGAAGUAUUUGAUGCGGGCUUUUCUGGAUCAAGAUUUACUUGGUGUAACAAUCGGCAGGAGCGAGCAAGAAUCUGGAAGCGGUUAGACAGGGUGCUCAUCAAUGGUGCUUUCACGGAAAGCGCUCCAUCCCUGGCUGUGACCCAUUUGGCCCGUCAUCCUUCAGAUCAUGCGCCAGUUUUGAUAUCACUAACCUCGCGCAUGGACAACAAACCUAGGGCGUUUAGGUUCUUAAAUCUGGGGACGUCUCAUCCUGGGCUUCUGGAUGUUGUUAAAGAGGCCUGGCAGGUAGAAUGUCCUGGCUCCCCUCUUAGGGCCCUAUGUUCAAAACUACUGCGUACCAGGCAGGCCAUACAAGAAUGGAAUAAGGGCGUAUUCGGGAAUGUGUUCGAGGCUGUUCGGAGGGCAGAGGCAUUGGUCUUAGCCGUGGAAUCAUGUACAGAGAGUGAUGGCUCGGUGGAGGCUCAGGUAGAGCUCAAUAAAGCCCAGGCCGAGCAACGACAUGCACUCUUGAACGAGGAGAAGUUUUGGGGCCAAAAAGCUAAAGUUAAAUGGCUACGUUAUGGUGAUCGCAAUUCUAGAUACUUCCACGCCACGGUUCAACAACGAAAGGUGCAAAGUGAGAUUCAUAGAAUUAAGGAUGCAAAUGGUGUGUGGGUGGACGAUGAUGAGGGCAUAGCGGAGAUGGCUGUGCAAUAUUUCUCAGAUUUGUUCUCGGAUGCCAGGGGGUCACCUAAUGGUUGGGAUCACCUGAUUCCGAAGUUGGUCACGCAGGCAGAAAAGGUGACUCUGGAGGCAUGUCCUACUCCCGAGGAGGUGAAAAAGGUGGUGUUUGAGCUAGAUGGGGAUAGUGCUGCUGGCCCGGAUGGCUUCACAGGUCAGUUCUUUACGUUUGCAUGGGACAUUAUUGCAAAAGAUGUUUAUAAUGCUGUUUUAAGCUUUUUCUGCGGGGCAGAGCUGCCUCAAUUUCUGACAUCUACCUCCAUCAUGUUAAUUCCUAAAGUGCCAAGCCCUCAGGAUUUUUCGAAAUACAGGCCAAUUAGUUUGUGUAAUUUUUUCAAUAAGGUAUUGUCUAGAAUACUAGCAGAUAGACUAGCACGCAUCUUGCCCAAGAUAUUAUCUCCGCAGCAAACAGGGUUUGUUAAAGGUAGGAACAUUACUGAGAACUACCUGUUGGCCCAGGAGCUUAUGUCGGGGAUUAGGAACAAGACCGGGGGGGGAACGUAG